AGAGAGUCAUGUGAGCGUGCGCGGUCACGUGAUCGUUGCCGCCCUGCCUUUGCUUCCUGCUCCACUCCGGGCUGCAAGCUGAUGGAGGACGAGGAUGGGGACGAACAGGCGCUGCUCGGGGGCCGUCCCGAGGCGGACAGCGCGGUCCAGGGCGCCCCUCGCGCUCUGCCCGCGCUCUGCGACCCCAGCCACCUGGCGCACCGGCUCGUGGUGCUGUCGCUGAUGUGCUUCCUGGGCUUCGGCAGCUAUUUCUGCUAUGACAACCCUGCUGCCCUUCAGACUCAGGUGAAACGGGACAUGGAAGUGAAUACCACGAAAUUCAUGCUGCUGUAUGCCUGGUAUUCUUGGCCCAAUGUAGUUUUGUGUUUCUUGGGUGGCUUUUUGAUAGACCGAGUAUUUGGAAUACGGUGGGGCACAGUUAUUUUUAGCUGCUUUGUUUGCAUUGGACAGGUCAUAUUUGCUCUGGGUGGUAUAUUUAAUGCUUUUUGGCUGAUGGAGCUUGGGAGGUUUGUGUUUGGGAUUGGUGGGGAGUCCUUAGCAGUUGCCCAGAAUACAUAUGCUGUGAGUUGGUUUAAAGGGAAAGAAUUAAACCUGGUGUUUGGACUUCAACUCAGCAUGGCCAGAAUUGGAAGCACAGUGAACAUGAACCUCAUGGGCUGGCUGUAUGGGAAGAUUGAAGCAUCAUUGGGCUCAGCUGGCCACAUGACCCUGGGCGUGACACUUAUGAUUGGGGGUAUAACGUGCAUUCUUUCACUAAUCUGUGCUUUGGCCCUUGCUUAUUUGGAUCGGAGAGCAGAGAAAAUACUUCAUAAAGAACAAGGAAAAACAGGUGAAGUCAUUAAAUUGACGGAUAUAAAGGACUUCUCCUUACCCCUGUUGCUGGUCUUCGUCAUCUGUGUCUGCUACUACGUGGCGGUGUUCCCUUUCAUCGGGCUGGGCAAAGUUUUCUUCAUGGAGAAAUUCAGAUUUUCUUCCCAGUCAGCAAGUGCAGUUAACAGUGUUGUAUAUAUCAUAUCAGCUCCCAUGUCCCCAAUAUUUGGACUCCUGGUGGAUAAGACUGGGAAGAACAUCAUCUGGGUCCUGUAUGCGGUAGCUGCCACCCUCGUGUCCCACAUGAUGCUGGCCUUCACCUUUUGGAACCCAUGGAUUGCUAUGUGUCUCCUGGGGUUUUCCUACUCAUUGUUGGCCUGCGCGCUGUGGCCAAUGGUGGCAUUCUUAGUUCCUGAACACCAACUGGGAACUGCAUAUGGAUUCAUGCAGUCUAUUCAGAACCUUGGGCUGGCCGUCAUCUCCAUCCUUGCUGGCAUGAUACUGGACACUCAGGGAUACUUGCUUCUGGAGGUGUUCUUCAUUGCCUGUGUUUCUUUGUCACUGUUAGCUGUGGUCUUUCUGUAUUUGGUGAACCGUGCCCAAGGUGGGAAUCUAAAUUAUUCUGCAAAACAAAGGGAACGAAUGAAGCUUUCUUAGCCAGGGUGAAUAAAGCUCUGAAAUGACUGUGCCGUGAGAAGGGAUGGCAUUCGCUGCUGACUGGAAACCUUCAGGAAGAGUUUCUUUUUAAAAAAGUCAUUUAGGAAAAUAAUAGAGUGGAAAAUAUAUUUAUAUUUGAAAUAAAUAUACUUAAAGUGGUUCAUGCAGACUACUUAAGCCUUUUGUAACCAUGUAUUAUGAAAGAUUUCUAGUCAGCAGUGAACAGUUCAGGGAAUCUGGAACAUUCAGGCGAAGUUCAGUAAGGACCUCUCUGUAAGGGUCUGCAUCUUCUGCUGGGGUGGUUUUUAAUAAGUGCAUCCUUCAAAAGUAACCUUUCCUUUGUAUUAUAGCAGGAAAAAGAAAAGAAAAGAAAAGAAAAGAAAAAAAAAAAAAAAAAAAAACGCACAAAACCUGAGGGGCUGGGGUAGAAGGCUGUUACGUCCAUAAUAAAGAAUGGUAUUUAACCACGCUCACCGUGUCCUAGAGAACAGUGUGCAGUUGCUCCAUGUUUUCCAGUAGGAGAUUAUGUAUGAAUGUUAUUAGUGAUGGCUGCUGGGCAGCUAACCUUUGGGAGUUUUUUCUUUCUUUUUCUUAAAGACAAUAAAAGUGUCCUUCAAUUUACGAUGGCUACCUAUGUACAUGAGUACAUAACACCAAUGCAAAAGGUAUACCUGAUGUCUUAUAUUUUUUAAACAUUGCAACAGUGAUUUCAAGUUUUCUGUGGAAGGUAAUCUCCAGAAACCAAAGCUGCAAUCAAGAAAGUGUCCUAAGUACAGUCUCAUUGAUUAGUUUUAUAGGGGUAGGGUACGUGUGGUACAUAGCAUUGUGUGCUUAGCUUUGGCAUCAAAGGAGUGGACAUGACUCAGUGGUUAAGAACGUUUACUGCUCUUCAAGAGGACCCAGUUCAGUUCUUAGCAUCCACAUGGGGCCGCUCACAGUCACCUAACUCCAGCUCCAAGGGAUACAGCACCAUCUGGUCUCCUCAGGCUCUUGCUUUGAAAAUGCAUUCCUUUUCUUUUGGGUUUAUAGUUAUACAUUCUUCACUUGUGAGUUUCGAGGCUUUGACUACAUGUGGCUCUUGUAGCACGUGUCACGUACAUGAAGUGGCUCCUCUGCACUAGCUGUCCUUUCCAUUGUGUGUCCACACAAGGUGUGGGGAGCCUUGACGUGCUUAUGAAUAGGUGUGUGCCUGCCCCUUUCACAGGGUUGUCCAUUGCGAUUUCCUUCUCUUAGAGUGUAUUCUCUAGUGCACACUUUAACCUGGUUUCAUCUGAUUUAAAUAAAAACCGUAGUUUCCAGCCCAGAAUCAUUCUAACAUAGAAACUUCUGCAGGACACUCAGGCCGUAGAUAACUUAGGAUACCUAUGAACUUU